GGGCCCAACCGCCGGGAGCUGAGGCCGCCUGGGGAGCUUGAGGGAGGAGCUCCGUUAGGCAGCCGCAGGUUCCCCCCGCCCCUAGCAGGGGGCCGCGGGGCAAAGGCGGCCAGCUGGUCAGGACCCUGGGAUGCUGAGGGAGUGUCCUGGCCGGCCCGGGCAGCCGAGGAGGCGGGGCUGCGGAGCGCACCUGGCCGCGGCCAGGGUGGAGCCGGGCUGGGCCCAGGGUGACCGCCGCAGGCCGGGAGGCUGGCAGCUCGGGGGCGGGCAGUGGGGUCUGGGGGCCAGGCCUUCCCUCUCCGUUUGCGGCCAAGUGCCGCUGCGACCUGCCCCAGCUCCUGGAGAGACUCGGCCGAGACUAGACGAGCCAGCACCGGAGCCAGGGAGCCAUGGCUGAACCCCGAGGGGAGACGGAGCCGCUGCCUCCUCCGCCUCCGCCGCCGCCGCCGCUGACGCCUCUGGUCACCCGCAGCAGCCAAAGCCGGUCCCGACCCCCGAGCCUGGACAGCCGCAGCCUGGGUAGGGUCCCGCGGGAGCCCAAUUGGCGGGCUUCGCUGCGGAUGCCAGGACGGCGGCGAGGGGCACUGCGGGAGCUGCUGGGGCUACCCGCGGGGCCCACGCGGGAGGACGAGCAGCCCCCCGCUGGGGCGGCGACGGCUUCGGCGGCCGGCGGCCCCGGCGGGCUCUGCCUGGAACCCCGUGAGCACGCGUGGAUGCUGGCGGCCGCCGAGGGCCGCUUUGAGGCGCUGCAAGAGCUGCUGGAGGCAGAGCCCGCGCUGCUGAACCGCGUCGACCCGGUCACGGGCUAUAGCGCCUUACACUGGCUGGCCAAACACGGCAGCCACGAGGGGCUCAUCCUAGUGCAUGACUUCGCCCGGAGCCAAGGGCUGUCCCUCGACGUGAGUGCCCCCGGCAGCGGUGGCCUCACCCCGCUACACCUGGCGGCUCAGCAGGGCCACGACAUGGUCAUCAAGGUGCUGGUGGGAGCUCUCGGAGCCGACUCCAGCCGCCGAGACCACAGUGGCCACCGGGCGUGCCACUACCUGCGGCCCGACGCACCCCCUGGCCUGCGGGAGCUGGCGGGCGCCGAGGAGAGCGAAGAGCCUCAGAGAGCGGCGACCGCCACGGCGGGGUCUGUGCGGCGCAGAGGCCCUCCCGGAAACGCCAACAACAACUGUAGCAUCAGCCGCAACAGCUGGACUGCCCUGCUGCCAGACCGGACAGACGGAGGGGCCCCGGGCGGGGAGAAGGGCUCCAAGAUGAACCAAAUUCAGGGAUUUUUCCGGCAACUGUUCUCCCUCUUCCAAGACCGGUGAGGGACUGGAAAAGCUUGGAGAUCUUCGGAGCGGCAGCGGUGGUGGUGGUGGUGGGAGCCGUGGCGGCGGGAGAGGUUUCCGCUUCACCACCUACUAUGACUCUCCCCACCUGGGGUUCACGGUGCGGGGAGGGCGACGCAGUCUCUUGGGGCUCCUUCUGAGUGACCGAGAAACCAAAUCUCAGUCUAGGAGCUUGCAAACUGCCCUCAGAAGUCUGCAGAUCAGUGGCCAGAGCCUUGCCCUUUCCUCCCGCCCCCAACGCCCUCCAGGUCUCUGAGCUCUUUGGGGGAAUUAGAGCUGACCUCUCUCAAGUCCCAGAGGGACUCGAGGGGUCGAAACAGCCCAAGCCCUCCCUCCUGCCACAGUCCUCUCACAAAAAUGCCUUGGGUCAGAAGGGUAGGAAUCUGCGAUUGGGACCAGUCCUGAUCUGAUGGGUCUGGCCUGGGACAGAAGGAUCUGAGGAACUGAGGGAGUGGGUUCUUAUCUGUGUAGGAGUGCAAUUCAAGAUGCCAGACGAGCCAUUCUUGGCGUUUAGUACGGAACAUUUUGCGGGAGAAUCGAGAGUUAACACGGAAACCCCUCAUGCAAGAACAGCUCCUAACUUUGUCAAGGACGGUUGUAGAUGAAGCGGAACACAGCACGCAGAGUCAGUCGGGAGUCCGUCUUGCUAGAAGGGACUGACGUCUCCCGAACAUUAAAAAUGGGAAUUUUCUUCUUUUACUUGC